UUUGGCGGGUUUUUUCUGUUUGGAAAAAAAUCAUAGAUGCGGCGCCAGUCAGUUUUGGCCCUCGGCGUAUUCCGUAGCCAGUACAUAUGGCCCUCAGGAUUCAUGUUGAAGGUGACAGGUAGAGUCAUGCCGGGAGCCUUGAGUUUCCUGCCUUUCACCGUUUUUGCGGCUGAUGAUGCCGAUAAGAGAGAAAAAGAAGAGACAUCAUCGGUAAACCUGGACGAGCUGUCGCUCUACACAGCCCCUCCUCCUCCUCAAACUCUCUGGCAUGAGGAGUCUGAAGCGGGUCAACUGGAGGAGAAAGUCGCCACCGUCAGGAAGUUAGCUGAGCCGUACGCUACUUGGUGCCAGUCAAAGUACGCUAAAAUUAAACCCAAAGUUCAGAAGGUCGUCCAGUUGGGAAGCGACACGUACGUCUAUCUACAGAACCCUCCUAAAGACUUCUAUCCCCGGGCAGGAGUCAUCGGUUUAGCCGGAGUCGUCGGGCUUUUUCUGGCCAGAGGAUCCAGGAUUAAGAAGGUCCUCUACCCAACGGGCUUUAUGACCCUGGGCGCCUCCCUUUACUACCCGGAGCAGGCGGCGGCCAUAGCCAGGUCUACCGGAGAUUCCGCGUACGACACCGCGGUUCAAAGCUACGCUGCUGUGGAGAAGAUCCUGAAGUCUCAAAUUAAAGAUAAAAAGAGUGACGAAAAGUAAAGACUGGAUUCAAACAGCGUCUUCAUUCCCUGAUCUUCCUGGAUGGAGUUUUGAAAUGUGACUCUAAUGCUCUUUGCACUAAGCUUGAAUUGUAACUCAGGAUUCCCAGCUUUAAAGAUGUACCUCUGGUUCUGAUGUCAAUGUAUAUUAUUGUAGAAAAUAAGAUCUGCUUGGCUUAUAUUAAAAUUCAGGGUUUGACACA